AUGAAGCUCGGACUACCCUUUGCUAUCGCGCUCUCUGCUCUUGUUGCAGCCCAAGCUGCUGUCAUUGACUAUGACAAGGUCCAGCCGUUCCCUGAGCUCGAGCCCAAAACGAUUUCCGAGAAGGCUGCUAUCAAGUACAAGCCCAGCCUGGCCAUCAAGGACGGCUGCCGCUCUUACGCUGCUGUGAAUGCGGCCGGCGACACGAGCGGCGGAAUGGACCCAAUGGCGCCCGACGGAGGAACGGUAGAGAAAAACCCGUACGGUCACGGCUGCAGGGGAUCGGUAUUGGGCUCGCAAGUGUACAGCCGAUCUGGGUGGUACCGCGACGUUUGGGCCAUCAUGUACGCUUGGUACUUCCCCAGAGACAUCAGUUGGUAUGAGGCGAGCUACCCACCCGUCCGCCAUGACUGGAUCAACACCAUCGUCUGGCUUAACAACCCGGCGCUGGAGAAUCCGUCGCUUCUCGGAGUCUCUGCCUCCCGGGAAGACGCCGAAUACGUGGCCUAUCCUCCUACCGUGAAGGAGUUUAUGAACGGCACCCACCCCAAGAUGGAGUACUUCAUGGGCUUUUAUGUGGGCGGGUAUCACACAAUUGAUGUGUCGUUGGAUGCGGGUGACUUUCAAGACCUCGUCCAUUGGUCGCAGCUGACGGACCAAGCGCGCAAGGCUUUGGAGACUGCGGACUUCGGUGUGGUAACCCCCGUCCCCUUCAACGACGUCAACUUCGAGAAGAAUCUAGAGCGGGGCUGGUAUCAGAACGACACGAUCCUAGAACACAAGAUCGGGAUCGUGUAG